AUGAGUAAUGCUGCAGGUCCGCAUUACGUCAUGAAUAAUCUACCUCCAGGUGUAAAUCCAGAAAAUAACGUUCUGCCUGGGGGACCAGUAAUACCUACAGUUAACCGUGCCAGAAAUAAUAACCAAAAUCCUCUUUUUAAUGUAAGAGAGAGAUUGUUUCAUGCACUAUUCUUUAAAUUUGCAAUCGCAUAUGCCCGAACAUUUCCAAGACCAGUCCGACGAUUCUUUGAGUUUCUAGUGUUAGUAAAAGCACUAGUUGCAUUUUUUGUUCUUGCCUAUAUACAUAUAGUCUUCUCAAGAACACCAACAACUUGUUUAAAUCAUAUAAAAGAUUCCUGGCCCAGACAGGGCAUUCUGAGAGUAGAGAUACUGAGAAACCCGUCUCAAGAUUAUACCAUUGAACAAAGCUAUGCUAAGGAGCGCAAAAUUAAAAAAGACAAGGAUGAAUUAAAUUCUAUGAUGAGCAUGUUGACUAAUGAAAGAUUCAUCAACAUUGAAUCAUCAACAAGCGAUGACACUGAUGAUGAGUAUAUUCGUGAUGGCACAGACUAUGGUAAUAUCACAAGACUACAUGAUGAACAUGAUGAUAUGGGACUCACACAAAUGCUGGAAACGGGAUAUACACCAUCUCGUAAUGAGAAUAUUGACUCAAAUACAACAAUAAUACCAGGAGCGGAAGUUGAACCAACAUCAUCUAUUUGGGAAGGAAUUAUGGGCCUAGUAGAAGAUAUGGAUAGAGAUUCAAAAUUAGUUGAUGAAUCAGUGGAUGAAGCAGCUUCAAAUGAUUCAUCUACAGAUGACUACAUUCUGGAAUAUUCCCUGGAGUACGGGUUUCUGCGGCUCUCGCCAAGCGCAAGACUCCAGCUCAAUAUCCCCGUGAAGAUAGUCACGUUAGACCCGCAGCGUGAUGAAUGCUUCGGAGAUUCGUUCUCGCGUUUUAUUCUGGACGAAUUUCUUGGCUAUGACGAUCUGCUUAUGGCCUCCAUUAAGAGUCUCGCAGAACAAGAGGAUAAUAAAGGAUAUCUAAGGAACGUGAUCACCGGUGAGCAUUAUCGCUUCGUGUCGAUGCUGACUGCGCGUAGUUCAUACAUAGCUGCCUUCUUCAUCAUGCUUGUAUUCAAGACAGAUGGCGUGGAUAGAAACUUUUUUGCGUUACCUAGUUUUGAUUAUUAUUUAAAUCCUGGGUCUUUAAACAAAUAG